UGUCCGCUGAGCAUGUGUAACAUCCCCGUCACAUUUUCCAUUGAAUUCUUAUGCGAAGUGCUCCAACGUCAUUCGCCGCUUCUUUUGGAUAAUGAUCUACAAUGGACUCUUUCUUGGUUUUUGGAAUAUGGAACUGACAUGUUUCUGCCAAUGGCUAGGACUUUGCCUAAAACACAUGAGCCGUUGAGGUUAGCCCAUCAUCCUCUAGUGCUACUCCUUCAUCCUGCUCUGUUAAUUCACAACAUUGAUGAACCGUUGGGGUCAGUCGGCUGUGCAUCUCAGUCCAAUUCAUUCUGGGCAAAAGAUGUAUGGAUUGCGAGAAACCAUAAAGAACAGACCGGUCCUUCCUGGUGGCGAACGUGCAGGCGCUGUCCGCGCAGCGGGAGGUGGAGCAGCUGCUGCCGGAGCCGCCGCCGCUGGAGACGUGCUACAUCAUCUACUGCUCGGACGGCUUCUGCCGCCUCACGGGCUUCUCGCGCGCCGAGGUGAUGCAGCGCCCCGCCGUGUGCGACUUCCUGCACGGACCGCUCACCUCGCAGCACGCCGUGUCGGUCGUCAGGGAGGCCCUCAGCCAGUCCGCCGAGCGCCAUUUCGAGAUUCUCUACUACCGGAAGGAUGGGACCAAAUUUCUCUGCUCGGAAGUGAUAGCGCCGGUGAAGAGCGAGGUGGAUGACAUCUGCCUGUACAUCAUCAACUUCGAGGACCUCUCGGCGCAGCCGCCCGCGGUGGAGCAGGAGUCGCCCAGCCCGAUAAACCGCCUCAGCAAGUUUGACCGCGCUCGCAGAUCGUUUCGCCAGUCGUUCCGCGAGCGGGGCCUGCGGGGACUGCGGCUGGGGGGCUACCUCACGCCGCCCAGCGAUGGCGGGGUCGAGGAGGAGGAGGAGGGCCUGCAGCAAAGACUGAUAUCGUCCCCGCCGCCGCCGACUGUGGAGCCGGCACGGGAGGGCCGAGAGGGGCGCGAGUGGGACAGGGACUGCGACGGGGACAAGGACAGCCGGCCGGAGCGGACGCAGCAGCCCCGGACGCAGGCGCCAUUCGGGCCGAAGGCUUCGUCCACGCCCCCGGGGCUUGGCGGCUCCGGGGGCGAGGCACCACCAGGACCGAGUGGACUCACGGGUAUCAUAGGGGCGCCCAUCGCCUCCCCAGAGGUGCGCGCCACGUCACCAGCAAAAUGUUCCCCAACACUUCCUCUGAGACUGACCUCCAGCGCUAUCGCACCGCCCAAGGAUUCUGGGACCGCUCGAGUCGGGAGCGGAAAUCGCCCUCUCUCAGCAACGUCGCCUCAGACAGCCUCAAACAGAAGUUCUCUAUCCAAGACAAUGGUUCUGCGAAGUUUUUUCAAGGUGCCCUGCACACACCCAACAUGGGGGAGAAAGUGGCUCAGCAGCGGGGCCGACAUGAAGUGCGGCGGCUGCACGGUCGACGAUGACGCCGCGGGCGAUGGCGGCGAGGACGCGGCCAACAGGGCUCUCCUCGGAGACCGCAACGUGCCCGUCAUCAUUUACCCGGCCACGGCGGCGUCGGCCGCCCUGCCCCACGGGGCAGGAGGAGGGCGGAGGACCAAGAGCGAGUCGGGGGAUAUGGAGCGGCGCAUCAUAUGCAGCAGCCCUCCGCACGCCCCCGGACACGCGUACGCAGACAUUGGCGGCAGCGAGGGCAACUUUGCCUCCUGCCUGCAGCAACAGAGCAAAAGAGCGUCCACGGGGGAGGCGAGGUGGUCCUCUUUGAAGGAGACCUCGGUGCACAUGCGGUCUGGCAGCGGCAAGCGCGCGAAUGGUGGCGCCAGCAUCGUUCUGCAGCAGCCGGAAGUAAACAUCACCUCUUCGACCAAGGUCAUCGGCAAGGAGGUGCUGUCGCUGGGCGCUGAUGUCCUGCCUGAAUACAAGCUGCAGUCGCCACGGAUGCACCACUGGACAGUGCUGCACUAUUCACCCUUCAAGGCUGCUUGGGACUGGCUUAUCCUCAUACUAGUUUUGUAUACCGCAAUCUUCACGCCGUACGUCGCGGCUUUCCUCCUGAACGAACCAGAUUUCAGCAGUCGCAAGAGCCGCAAGUAUGGCGACGACCCUAUUGUCAUCGUCGACCUAUUAGUGGACGUAACCUUCAUCGUGGACAUUCUUAUAAAUUUUCGCACGACGUAUGUCAAUGGAGCCGACGAGGUGGUCUCACAUCCUGGGAAGAUUGCGGUGCAUUACUUUAAAGGAUGGUUCGUCAUAGACCUUGUAGCUGCCAUCCCUUUCGACCUUUUACUGUUUGGGUCCGACACCGAUGAGUUGGGCUUGGAUGCGGAUGAGGCGGACGAGUACCUGGGAGACGACACAUUUGACACUGCAUCAGGUUCAGGAGGGGAGGAGACCACCACCCUGAUUGGCCUGCUCAAGACUGCCCGGCUGCUCCGGCUGGUGCGGGUGGCGCGCAAGAUCGACCGCUACUCCGAGUAUGGCGCCGCCGUACUACUGCUGCUCAUGGCCUCCUUCGCCUUGUCCGCACACUGGCUCGCGUGCAUUUGGUACGCUAUUGGGACUGCUGAACGGCCCCGCCUUCCGAAUAAAGUGGGGUGGCUCGAUGCCCUGGCGAACGAGACGCACGAGUUCUACGGGCCUAACAACACAGGCGGGCCGUCUAUCAAGUCUCGUUACAUCACAGCUUUGUAUUUCACCUUUAGUAGCCUUACGUCAGUCGGGUUUGGCAACGUGGCGCCCAACACGGACGGUGAAAAAAUUUUCACCAUAUGCGUCAUGUUAGUUGGAUCCCUGAUGUACGCUAGCAUCUUCGGUAAUGUGAGUGCCAUUAUUCAGCGGCUGUACUCCGGCACUGCACGCUAUCACACGCAGAUGCUCCGAGUCCGUGAGUUUAUCCGCUUCCAUCAGAUUCCAAACCCGCUGAGACAGCGCCUGGAGGAGUACUUCCAGCACGCCUGGGCGUACACCAACGGUAUCGAUAUGAACAGCGUCCUUAAGGGCUUCCCAGAAUGUCUGCAGGCGGACAUCUGUUUGCACCUAAAUAGGAAUCUCCUCACAAACUGUUCGGCUUUUGAAGGGGCGUCUCCAGGCUGCUUAAGGGCUCUAUCCCUAAAAUUCAAGACGACCCAUGCGCCUCCCGGUGACACAUUAGUCCACCGUGGAGAUGUGUUAACGUCCCUUCAUUUCAUCUCAAGGGGAUCGAUAGAAAUUCUAAAGGAAGACAUUGUCAUGGCCAUCUUAGGCAAAGACGACAUCUUCGGCGAGAGUCCGUGCCAGUACUCUACGGUGGGGAAAUCUUCUUGCAACGUUCGCGCGCUCACGUACUGUGACCUCCACAAGAUCCACCGUGAUGACCUACUCGACGUGCUGGAGCUCUACCCAGAGUUUUACAACACGUUUGCCAGCAGCCUAGAGAUUACUUUUAACAUGAGAGACGAGGAACAGCCAGGUGUCGACCCCCGCUUCAUGAGGCACCGGCCCUCAAAGUGCUCGUCGUCGGACGUUGAGCACCAGGAAGCUGAACACAGGAAGCAGGGCUAUCGCAAAGGGCCCCGGCGGAGAAGGCCGCUCGACAAGAGCCCCGAGAGAACGGGCGAGCGGAGCGAGCCUGGCGGACCACUGCACCAACAGGACUCGUUCCAACGACAGAGCAGCGAGGAAACCUGCUCGGAAUACGAACGGGUGGUGAGGUCAGAACGACAGCAGCGCCCUUACGCGGAGUCCUCCCAGAGCACGAUGCGGUGCCCGGGAGGGGUGGGCGAAAGCGGCGCGGGGGUGGGGCCCCAUCAGACUGUGCCCCAGGUGGCUGUGCAGACCGAGUCGUGCGCACAAUGUGGCCGCCGGGACCUGGAGCUCAACGCCAAGGUGGACAGGCUCAGCAAACAAUUGCAGUGGUUAGAAGAGACAAUGGCAAAUGACCUAAGGCAGGUGCUGACUCUGGUGCAGCAGCAGGCCGCCUUAGUUCACCCAGUCCCCGAACCGCGAGAGUCCUGGGCGGACGCUGGCCCUAGCCUUGGUCCAAGGCCAUCGCACCCCGUGCAGCGCAGUGCUAGCCUCCCGCAGAACCCAACCAGCCCAGCGGCAGCCGGUUCCUCACACCAGUCAGGAAGACUGCACCCGGGACAGAAGCACUCGAACAGCAGCAGACAGCCGCAGCACCAAUUAAGGCCGCCGCCGACGCGCAGCAUGUCCUCGCCCCUUGAUCUCACACAGCAUUCCCCCACCGCGGCAGCCCGCCAACCCCGGCCUCAGUCAGCCGAGAUGACGGCUCCAACCCCUCACCCAUCGCCUGGCCCUGCCCGGUUUGAUGUCAGUCCGACACACCAGUUGGUGGCCAGGGAGGCAACAUCUCCUGCCCAUCUCGGGGAUAACACAAGCGGCUCGAUCCGGGCAGCGCCGAUCGCCAGACUGGAGUCCCUAGACGAGCUAGACCAAGCGCAGGGUUCCAUUACCGUCGACACAAGAAUUCCAACAGAUCCAGUACCUUCACCGUCUAGAAGUGACUUGAAACCCAAGUCGUCGGAGGUGUAGGCACGCUGCAAGUGCCCCAUUCGUUACAAGUAUUAUGGCUGCAAAGCAAAAAUUUUGUUUGAUAUUUUUAAGAAGAUUGUGAUAUUACUGUUGUGAUAGAACAGUGUUUUUUUGAUUCUUAGAACAAGUGAGUGGAUGGGAAAGAGUGAGUACGAAUGUCUUUGAUACAUGGCAACUUUGUUUAAGGGUACAUUUAAACUGUAUUAUAAUUAUUUGCUCAGUAAUGAGUGUGAUUUAUGACUGCCUUUCACUUGUAUAUUAAAUGUGUCUAAGGAUCCAUUUUAGAGCGAAGGAAAUUGCAUGAAUAUGUGUUUAUAUUGGGUACAAAGAUAAACAUUGUUUAGCCUUACAUUUUUAUAAUACUGCAAAUGCGAGCUAAUUUAUUGUGGCACUUCAAAAUGUUUUACGCACUCAAACUUAACCAAGUUGAAAGAAAUGUACCACUUGCAAGAACUUUUCGAAACCGUCCGUAAUGAUACUACAGAAUGUUUGCGUUUCGGUGAAUUGUUUUGUGAAAUGACAAACUUCACUGAUGUAUAUUCCGGAUUAAUUAGGUCUGAUGCUCAAGUUUAAGCUCGAGAGCGGGCUUGGAGACACCGUUACCGUUACUACCUCUGUGUGCUAUCCAAUAACUUUUAAAAUCUGUCUCUUUUUUGGUUUUGGACGUCGGGCCACGCAUUACUUCAAGUGGACUAAAAGGGAGAGUUUUUAUUGUGUAUUGUAGAAGUCUUACGUCAGUGGAAAUUGUGGUUCGAGAAUGUGCUGGAAGUAAAACAAUUGCCUUAAAAUUGUAAAGUCACUUUUACUUGAUAUACCACUGAACUUAUGCCCCGCGUGUUUCCCGUUUGCCAAGCAAACUCUCAAAAGGCUGACCUAAACUUAACACAACUUUCAUUUUUUUUACGGUGUCUGGUCCUGCAGAGACAAAUAGAGGUCGUUUUAAAGGGUA